UCACGGAGUGUUAACGUUUUCAGGAAGGGCAGUUACAAUACAGUACAUAAAUUUUGCUCAAAACCUUACAUAGUUGACGUCGGGGUAGCUUUUGCGCUAUGUAAAGCAAAAGUGAAAGCUGCAUUUUUGUGCUACUACUUACUUCUACGAGGUACUAAUCGAGCAUGAAUGACGCCGAAGCUCAAAAGAAGCCAUCUUUGGACGGACAGCCCAACACUGGACAGGGCCGUAUCUGGGCUGUACUUGUUCUUGCUUCGCUGCUAAAUUUGCUCUUCGUCGUUCUUUUGGUUUAUUUUGAAACGAAGCCUUUGAAAGAACCAGUAGAGCCAGUUAAGCAGUGCAGCGGAAAUGUUACAGCUCCAGUUUCGAAAAUUCUCGGAAGCGUCAGAGCGGGAGCAGCCAAUGCGUCACAAACCAACGUACUGCCGACGGCGCUCUCGUGGGGGAAAUAUCAAGUGACACAUUCCUACGUCAUGACCGUCCCGUAUUACCACCACAACGUUCUGAUCUACCAGCAAACCAAGGGCCCGCUCAACACCAGCACCGAUGGCCGCGAGAAGUACUACUACCAACCCGCUCUCAUGAUGAACACCGAAAAGACCCGCGUCUCCAUGAAUCCGUUCACGAACCGUUACGAACUCCUGCUGCCAGUUGUUCUCUGGAACGAAGCGUACGAAGACCAUAUUCGCCAGCAGAUUAUGGAUCAAACCGGGAAGAACGAUUUCCUUUUGAGCGUCAUUCCCAUGGAAGAGGUCCGGGUGAAAUCGGUCCGACCGAAACCACAAAUCCAGCUGGUGACACGGUGGAUGGCCUUCGCCAGUCAGCCGUCGGUGGUGACGUUCCGGAUUGUUUGCAAGGACAACGAAUCGUGCGUGGAACUGCUGCAGCAAAUACGCAGCAGUCCACAACAGUUUGUCGGGGAUUUGCGGGUCUUCUACAGUCUGGAGAGCCAAGGCAGCACCGGCAAGCGUAUGACCGUCACCGCGGAGCACGUACAGCACAGCUCGAUGUACGCCGCCAUCAACCAGAAACUCCCCAAUAAAGACCCGAUUUAUUUGACAUCGGACGAUGCGAAUACGCUGCAGCGGGAGAUUAUGAACAACGUCCAGGCCACCGAAGUGGAAGACGAGGAUUUCGUCAGCGAUGCCAGCCAACCCACCUUGAUGGGCUUGAUCAACGAAGCGCUGGGGCUGGCGACCCGCAGUUCCAAAGAUUUCGAAGAGCACAUGUGGGAUUCAGUGUUUUGGAACGAUGACAAUGCACGCCCGGAUAAGGUCACCAAACGGCUGAACGAUGUCGCGCGGAAGCUGGAUGCGCAGUCGCGAUCCAAAUUGCGGACCGAGCAGGAGAAAACCCAAAAGUUUGGCGUGCAAGCUGACAUCAGCGGGUCGUACAAAAAGGUCACCGUCGAAGCGGGCGCGAAUUUCGGGCAGGAAGCGGUCGAGCUUACUAAUAAAGAAAAAGAGGAAUUGAAGAGGGCGGUCGAAGAAUCGAAAGGCAAGUCCGUGGUCGAGGGAGAAUUAUUCGUCCCGAAGGCGAUGGAGUUAAAGCGUAUUAACAACGGAAAUAUUCGAUCUGGCGCAGCAUUAACCACCACCAUCGUUCGCGUCUCCAAAGCCAAAUCGCAAAUAAGCGAUAUUAUAAAGAUCAUUGAUUUACACGGGGAGAACGCGACAGCAGACCAGAUCUUCGUGGCCGCGGACCGUCAGCCGGAAGUCUUUCACGUGCGCGCCAAAGAAAGCUUUAUCUUGUUCACGCGUGAAGAAGCCAUCGAAAUUUGCCGACAGUACAGCGCGAAGCUGGCCUCCGUGGCGCAGGUGGAACGCGCCUGGGUGGAAGGAGCCGACUGGUGCUCGGCGGGCCAUGCGGACGAUAACCGUGUGGCCUAUCCGGCGCAUGUCUGCUACACGUACGCUAAGAGCUUCGACGGUAGCACGUUGCUGCCGCUACAAGAACGCUCGGCGUCGUGCAACGACGAAGAAGCCCAUAAGAAAUCUUUCGUCUAUCAGACUAAUACGAAAGACGAAGAUGGCGGGUACAAGGAGUCCUGGCGCUUUGGUGUAAACUGCUGGGGUUUGAAACCCAAUUCAAAAGUAAACGUACAGCAUGGCGGCAGGAUGCUGCAGGUGUGGUACUUUAACUCAACCCACUACAGCCAGUUCCGCGCUUGACAGCGAUAGAAACCCCAUAAUACUCAGUAACGAAAAAUCACCGGGUCGACGGUGUGUUAUGUCUGUGAACAUUCAUCGUAGAAAUCAAGACGCACCACGAAUGACCAGUGUUCGAUCUUUCAAUAGCAUAUCUG